CCAUUAUGGCGGAGGCGGACAGCGGUUUUAACUAUGACCCAACGAAGAAUUAUGAUGAUCAAAUUUGUGCUCAACAGAGAGAUAUCGAAAAACAGAUAACUGAUGAACAAAGUUUAGUUAGUAAUAUUUUAUCAUUUGAUGUUUUAAAAACAGAAUAUCAAGAUGAUCAAGUUUUCCAGAAUAAAAUCCAGGAUAUAAAAAGUCGAUAUAAACACAUGAGAAAAACUCGAGGAGAUGGGAACUGUUUUUUCAGAGCGUUUGGUUUCGCGUAUUUAGAACAUCUAUUAAAGGAUGAUUCAGACUUUCCAAGGUUUAAAGAAGUGGCCAGUAAAAGUAAAGAUGAACUGGUAUCACUGGGAUUCCCUCAGUUUACUAUCGAAGAUUUUCACGAUACAUUUAUGGAGGUGAUUGAUAAAGUAGGUAAUAAAAUCAGUUAUGAAGAAUUUUUCCAGUUGUACACAGAUCAGGGUAUCUCAGAUUACUUUGUGGUCUAUCUUAGACUAAUAGUAUCUGGACAUCUUCAGAAAGAAGAAGAUUUUUUUAUGAAUUUUGUUGAAGGAGGAAGAACUGUUAAAGAAUUCUGUAACCAGGAAGUGGAACCAAUGCAUAAAGAAAGUGAUCACAUUCAUAUCACAGCGUUAACGGCUGCCUUGGGGGUCACAAUCCGAGUGGAAUACAUGGAUCGAGGAGAUUCCGACAAAUGUAACCAACAUGAUUUUCCUGAUGGCUCAAAACCUGAUAUCUUUCUACUGUACAGGCCAGGGCAUUAUGAUAUUUUAUAUCCUUGA